UCACUCAUUAGAUCUAAUGGAACUGGUCAAAAACUCCUUUUUUCUACUGUCUCUGGUAGUAAGGCAGAACUCCAUUUUCCGGGGUGAUUUUCUCCAUGUUUGAUGUAUUUUGCAUUUUUCCGGGGACAAAAUUGCUGAAAAAUCCUGAUCCAGGGGGGCUAUACGUCAUUUUGUAUGCCGGAUUGGUUUUCUUGGAUGAUAUUUGUAUUGGGCAUGUUUUGAAGUAGAUUAUUUGUAGUUACCUUCUUUUGGUUUCGUUGGAUAGUCGAUGCAAUUGUGAAGCUUUGAUUUGGAUUGCGGGUGCGAUGUCUCAAGCGUAUCUGUGUUGUCCUUUAGAGGGUUCUGCGUAGAUUAUGCAUUUUUCAGUUGUCAGAUUAACAGAGAAGCUCUCAUCUGUAUUCACAUGUGCGCUCGCGCGCACACACACAUUCAUUUCACGCAGGUUUUGAUUACAGUCUGUUAUGAGAACUAAAUAGAGGCCUUUGUAGUCUAUGAAACCAUUAAAAUCCUGGAGAUGGCUGAUGAGGAAACGGAAUGCCUUUUCUGAUGGGGGAAAAUGUGGAUUAAAGAUGAGACAGCUUCCGUUUAUGGGAGUCGUGUGUACAGUUGCAUUCUUCUUUGUGUAUAGGAUCACAAAUUAUCAGCAUCGGCAGACAGAGAUGGAUGGAGAAUUGCAUCGCUUCAACGCCGUAAAGGAGUAUCAUUUGGAAUCUAGAUAUUUGCAUGGUUUGCCUCAUGGUAUAAUACAAGCCAGUUCAGAUUUGGAGCUAAGGCCUUUAUGGUCAAGAAGUAGUUCACGGUCAAAGGUCAAUGGUUUUAGCAAUCAUAACUUGCUGGCAAUGCCAGUUGGUAUUAAGCAAAAGCAUAAUGUGGAUGCUGUUGUGCAAAAGUUUCUUCCAGAGAAUUUUACAAUUAUUCUAUUCCAUUACGAUGGCAAUAUGGAUGGGUGGUGGGAUCUCGACUGGAGUAACAAGGCCAUACACAUAGUUGCUCAGAACCAAACAAAGUGGUGGUUUGCAAAGCGCUUUCUACAUCCAGAUGUGGUGUCCAUUUAUGAUUACAUAUUUAUUUGGGAUGAAGAUUUGGGUGUUGAGCAUUUUAACCCAGGAAGGUACCUGGAUAUUGUGAAAACAGAAGGACUUGAGAUAUCUCAACCAGCUUUGGACCCAAAUUCAACUGAUAUACAUCAUAGAAUUACCAUUCGUGCUAGAACGAAGAAGUUUCAUAGGAGAGUCUAUGACCGCAGAGGUAGCGUGAAGUGUUCAGAUUCCAGUGAGGGGCCACCAUGCACUGGAUUUGUUGAAGGCAUGGCUCCGGUGUUUUCAAGAUCUGCUUGGCAUUGCACAUGGCAUCUUAUACAGAAUGAUCUCGUCCAUGGAUGGGGAAUGGAUAUGAAACUUGGGUAUUGUGCACAGGGGGACCGCACUAGGAAUGUGGGAAUCAUUGAUAGUGAAUACAUUGUUCAUAAGGGCAUACAAACUUUAGGUGGGAGUGGACUGCCUGCAAAAAAGGUCUUGAACCCUGAAGACUUGGCUAAGAAACAUGGUGCUUCAGCUUUUGAUGUGCGAACCGAGAUUAGGAGGCAAUCGACAUGGGAGCUUCAGACAUUCAAAGAGCGUUGGAAUCAAGCGGUCGAGGAGGACAAGAACUGGGUUGAUCCAUUUAAAAGAGGGAAAACAUACAGAAAAAGAAAACAACAAAACCGUUUUGUCUAGCUUGUAAUUUUACCAACAUGUUUGGAUAUGGUAGUUUAACCUCACCCACAAACACCAACUCUCAUCUAUAUACUUCAGAAUUUAGUUGAUGUAGCUGUUAUUAUUGGGUUCUCAUAUUUAUUUCAUUAUUUGAUUGACCACAA